CUCUCACACGGGCACACCGUACACACGCACCAAAUGUCCCCACGCAGUCGAUCCCCGCCCCCAGUUAGCAAACAAAAAAGCGGAAAGAACCCCCCGGCUAUCUUGUCAUUCGAUCACGACGCCCUUCUGUCCUUGAAGUGGUCCUUGAGGUUGGGGCUGGUGCCCAUGCCGAUGUAGUCGCGCACCCCACCCAUAAGCUCCGCCUGCAUUACGCAGACAGACAGACAGACAUCACACAAGAGACACGGACGGACGGACCUCCCUCGUCAGUCUCACCUGGAGUCGUUCCUGCUCCUGCUGUUCCCUCAGCAUCUGCUCCCUCCUCUGCCUUCGCGCCUCCACAUCCAGAGGGGCACUCCCCUCACGACCAUAAUACGGCUUCCUACCCCUCGCCCCCUCCCCCUCCCCGUCUGUGGCCAGCGUGCCCCUCAUAUCAUUCACCAAAUCAGCAAACGGGUCCGUCGCUCUCUCAGAUGCGCCCCCCUCCGCCUUGCUGAAGCUGCGGCCGGGCGGCGAUUGCGACCGGCUGAUGCGCUGGAAUGGCACCACUGGCUGCUGCAGCAGAAGGCGGAACUGCUGUGCGCCGCCCUGCUGCAUUGAGGGAAACGGUCCGUACGGGACGACCAUCUGCAUGUGUGCGGGAGGGGGGAGGGGCGGGGCGGGCUGGGGCCGGAUAGUGGGCUGCAGAGAGAAGUAGGGCAUGACGGUUGGUGCAGGCUGGGAUUCACAGCGGGACCCGACGCUGGUCUUCUCUGGCUGUGCCGUCAGCUGUGUCUCCUGCUGUGUUGUGAUGGCCCGCAGGCCAGCGGGGCUGGACGGGGCGCUCGCCACUCCCCACCCCUGGGCAGGCUGGCCAGGCGACGCCUCAGCACCACCAGCAGCACCAGCAGCAGCAGGGGCAGUCGUGUAUAUGGCCGGAACAACUGGUACAUGCUCAUGACUGGUGAUGGUGUCUUCCAUCUUGAUGAGGUCCUCGUCGAUGCCGCGACACGGCCCAGCAGGCGCACUCACGUCGAUCAGGGGAGCUGACUCAACAACCACCGCCGCCACUGCUGCUGCUGGUUUCGUGUCUUGUCUCUGCUCCUUCUCUCUUUUUGCUAUCUCUGCUGCUGAUGCUGCUGCUGGUGGUUUUGCGGCUCUGGCCUGACGAGGGUGAGGGACGAGGGGGGGCCGGCCGGAUGCAGCACCAGCUGCUGCAGCGGGGUUCAUGACGUACAUGUCCACCAGGAGCUCACCGGCAAAUCUGUCCUUGUGCUCCAGCAUGAUAGCCUGCAUGCGCACAGCAUACACAAGUCACACGGGGCCUGCCUCUGUAUCCGUAUCUAUGACCCCUCGGUAGCGGCCCUUGAGCGUGUUGUCGACCAGCAGAUUGGCCAGACCAAAAUGGGCUUCGGCAGCACGCUUGUCGACCACCUGAUAUACCAACAAUCGCGCACCCACGAGCAACGCCAUCUUCCCGUGUUGCAUUCCAUACCAGGGCCCUCUUGUGGAAGAUGGUGAAUCGGACGAAUGUGUCCUUUGUGAAGCGCUUGAACUUGAUCAUCUUGUUGAAGGUGGGCUCCUCAUCCCCACCGAUGUAGUCGGUGCGGAUGCAGUGGCCAUCGACCUCCACUUCCACAGCAUGCAGCCCCGCGUGUUUCAGCCGCCUGGCUUGCAGCAGGUUGACAACCAGUGUCGGGUGCUCACCAAUCGACGAGAGAGAAAACGCAGCCAUGAGUCGGUGGGAAGAAGCCUAUUGGAAGAAGGCGGCGAUGAGAGGCCGACAGACUGGUGACAGACUCUGCCUGCCGUUGCGCUAUGUGUUAAUGCGUCUUCCCCCGAAGGCUUAAGCAGGGGAAGAAGCAGGGGACGCGAGAAGCAGGGAAAGAAAAAGACGCCAGCCAAAC